AUGAAACUCUCGCUCGUACACGUUGUUACUGCCGCCCUCUGGCUUGCGACUGCUACCAUUGCCAGUCCUACCCCUCUCAAUAUUGAAAGGAGCGAUCUUGAAACUGACGGUAGAAGCGGAUAUAACCGCGUGCGAUGUGCCGAUGCUCUCGCUGCCAUCGAUAUAGUGAAGAGGUCCGAAGCGGAGACCGACGGGAGAAGCGGCUACAAUAUGCGUGCUGAGCUGGAGACUGACGGACGUAGCGACUACAACAAGCGCAACGAGGAUGAGACGGACGGGCGCAGCGGAUACAACAAGAGGGCCGUCAUGGAGACCGAUGGCAGGAGCGGCUACAACAAGAGGGCAGAAUUGGAGACUGAUGGAAGGAGUGGUUAUAACAAGAUGGACGAAUUGGAGACCGACGGCAGGAGUGGGUACAACAAGAAGGCUGAUGGAAACCGACGGAAGGAGCGGCUACAACAAGAGGGCUGA